GUUAGCAGUUAUUUAAUCUUAAAUAACCAAGAGCUUUGCUGAACCUGAAUCCUGUAUUCAAUCAUUCAGAAGUCUGGGCCUCUUCUUCAGAUAAAGCAUGGCUAAUACAGGGGAUGAGACUCUGGAGAUGGCAGCUCUUGGACGACCCUUCCAGCUGGGAAUGCUGUAUGACUGCCGGAAGGAUCGCCUCAUUCCAGGAAUUACUUUGUGGAACCUAGAAGAACUAAAAGGCAGCAUAAAUAAAGAAAACCAGCCGAUAACCGAGUUCAGUGUCAGCACCUCGGACUCCAUUGAAGAUAAGGCUUCUGCUUUGAAAGUGGACGCUUCCCUGAAGGCGAGUCUCCUGGGGGAUUUGGUUAAAGUGGGUGGAGCUGCAAAGUACUUCAAGGAUACAAAGAAAUCAACAAGACAAUCCCGAGUCACUCUGCAGUACUACACAACGACACGAUUUGAGAAUCUGACCAUGAAUCAUCUGGCCAAAGAGAAAGUGUCUCACCCCAGCGUGUUUGAAGACAAGACAGCGACUCACGUGGUCACCGCUGUGCUGUACGGAGCUCAGGCAUAUUUCAUAUUCGACCGGCAGGUAUCCUCAGAGGAGAAGCAACAGGAAAUCCACGGAAAAAUGGAGCUUGCAAUAAGUAAAAUACCUAAAAUUAAAAUGGAAGGUCAAGGCUCUAUUGACCUGAAGGAAACAGAAAAAGCUGAAGUUGAAAAAUUCGAAUGUACAUUUCAUGGAGAUUUUCAUCUCAAAUCUAACCCAUUGACUUACCAAGACGCUGUGAAAGCCUACUCAACUCUUCCAGAAUUGCUCGGGGACAAAGGAGAGAACGCAGUGCCUGUGAAGGUCUGGCUGUACCCGUUAAAGAAGCUGGACUCCAGGGCUGCCAGGCUGAAAAGGAACAUAAGUGACUACUUGGUAACAUUUGUGCAAACUGUCUUAGAACAAUUUAAUACAAUUGAAAUGCAAAGCAACGACAUGAUAAAAGACAUUGUUACCCGAACGUUUCCUGAAGUCGAUGAGAAGAUUCAACAACUGAAAGAAAGUGGCACACAGUACAUGCAGAAUUUCAUGAGCAAACUGUCCGCCGUGCUGCCUUCCAUCCGUGGAGGUGUGCAAGAGGAAGAGUCGCUCGGAGAGAUUUUAAAAAAUCAUGAAGAGUCCCCUUUUAACUUUAAAGAACAACAUGAUUGGCUGAGCAGCAAAGAAAGAGAAAUCAAUGCAGUGAGACGUUGCCUUGCUAUUUUAAAAGACAUACAUGCUGUAUCUUCUGUGAAUGAGCUAGAUGAGGAAGAAUUAAACAAUGAGACUGAAAAUAUUGUUUGCUUUACCUUCACCUCACUGCACGAGCCAGAACCAUAUCUGGAAGAUCUAAAAAACUACCUUGAAACCCAAGCGAGUAAGAACACUCAAAGUUCAAUUCCUAGUAAAUAUUUGCAUCAGGAGAGCAAGCAAUGGGUGAGCAGUGAAACUAAACUGAAGAUAAAAAUGUACUUGAAGGUAUUCCAGGAGUUAGUGAACAUCAACAGGGAGAAUAAGAAAACAAAGUUCUUCAUAGUGUCUAAGGAAGACCAGGAGUUUCCUGGAGCCUGCAUUCUCCUGCAUGAAAAUGGAGCAUCGAAAUACAUACAUUUCAAGAUCCCAUCAAAACCUGACGUCCCUGAGGUCUGUGAUGUCACCCAUGACAGUGUGACUCUGAAGGUGGUGCCUCCCAGUAGUGAUGCUGAUCAGAAACUAAAAUACCAUCUGGAGUAUAAGUGUAUUAAUCAGAAGGAAUGGGCAAUUCAGUCCAGCACUGAUAAAACAAAGACCCUCACUGUAUCAGGCUUGCAACCGAACACAGAGUAUGAAUUUAGAUACACAGUGGAAGGGAAGUUGGGGUAUUCUGUGAGCAGUGACACAACCAGCAAAGUCAAGACAACAAGUUCAUCUGCACAAUACACAGGUCAGUGGUUAGUUACUCUUUUUUUUAAAUUUCACAAAUAUCAUUCCUGUCAGCUCACACUGGACCCCAACACAGCGUAUAGAUACCUCUGUCUGUCUGAAGGGAACAAAAAGGUGACAUGGAGGGGAGAGAACCAGCGAUGUCCUGAUGAUCACCCAGAGAGAUUUGAGAGCUGGGCCCAAGUGCUUUGCAGAGAGGGUUUGUUUGGGACUCGCUGUUACUGGGAGAUUGAGUGGAGUGUGGCAUGGGCUGAUAUAGGAGUCACAUAUAAAGGAAUCAGCAGGAAAGGAGGCGAUGGUUCCUGUCGCAUUGGAUUCAAUAAAAAGUCCUGGAGUUUGUCCAAUUACUCUGCCUGGCACAAUAACAAUGAAACUGCAAUAACUGCCCCCCGCUCCCCCAGGAUAGGAGUGUAUCUGGACUUUAAUGCCGGCACGCUGUCCUUUUAUGGUGUCUCUGACACAAUGACCCUCCUGCACAGAUUCCAAACCACAUUCACUGAGCCGCUCUAUCCUGGGUUUAGGCUUUAUUGUUAUGAUUCCUCUGUAACAAUCUGCCAGCUGAACUAGACUGUUUUGUGUUGUAAGAAACCCUUUGUAUUGAACUCCCUGUCUGUCCUCUCCACUCCUCGGGUGAAGGGAAUGUUCAAUCUGACACAACUUUGGAUGAAAGUUAGGGGGUAAAACGGCGCCACCUGCAGAGCGAAACGAGGUGAAU